AUGCCAGGAAAACGAAAGAGGAGACGGCCUUAUGACGCAGCUGGAAAUCAUAAGCGCCCUAAAGUUGAGCAACUAGCCCUAGUUCAGCAUGAUAUACUGCGACGUUAUUAUACUCACAUAUUUACCCUGAGGGAGUACAUUAUUGAUAAACUGCCAAUCAGGUCUAAAAACAAUGGAAAAAAGAGAUGGAUUGACGAGAAAUUUGAUCAAAGUGAAGAGGCCAAAAUAUGCACAGAAUUUCUUGAUACUACAUAUAUUGGCGUAACCCAGACUGAAGAGUUAUCCCAGGAAUAUAUGCUGAAGCAGUGGGAUAUUUUUGCCCAGAAAUCUGGUCACCAAAAGUCAUACAAAUCUCAUUCCAAUAGACGCUUACAGGAUGAAAUAGUCGACUUUUCAAUCUGGCUUCUUUUCUCUAGAACACUUUCGUCCAUCGGAAAAGGCCAACAUCUCCUUAUACAGGGCUAUAGAAAGUGUUCCGAAUUCUAUUCAUGUAAUAGACAAGAAAAUGAAAACUAUUCUAUUCCCGGAGUAACCUCGAUUUACCCGAACAGUUAUGUAGAUUCCAUGAAAGCCUCGCCAUGGCCACAAAUAUUGGCUAAAUUAGACGGAUAUGGAGAAAAAAUAAUGCUUGAUUUAAUUAUACGAUGUGGGAUAUUUAGGCCAGUCGCAAAUUCACCUUGUAACUUGUAUCAAACAAGUGGGUUUCCACUUGACCAAGCUUGUCACAUACAAUCUGCUGAGAGUAAGCCGGAGAUAUCCGCAUUAGUAUCUCCAAAGCAAGAAUUACGUACGCCCUCAAAUAUUAGAUUCAUUCGAAAUCGCCUUAUGUAUGCGCGUCCCAAAUUGAAUAGUAAAGGCGAAAUAAGACUUGGCUUCAGGCAUACUCAUUUUUUCAACAGAUACCCGAUCGCUAGAGAAUCUAGUGAGAAUGUAUCAAGGAUAGGUCAAAAUUCCAGUUACAUUCUCAUGUUCAUGUUUCCUCGACAGUUCGGUCUACACAAUAUAUUUAGCAGUGGUAGCGAUAGCUCUCAGAAUAUUCAGUCAUGCUAUCAUGAUAAAAUUCGAGAAAAAGAAAUAAAAGACAGAUAUCCAUCCCAGAACUCUAUUAAGAUUCCCAAGAGACUUCGUGGGAAGCCGUCAGCUUUAACAGAGCGAAUGCACGCUCUGCACAAAAAAUGUUCUUACCGCAAGUUACUUGAAUACUAUUGUCCUGCCAGCACUCACAAAGAUGCGAAUUUCACCUCUAUGGAAUCAAACGCAAAGGAAGUGAUAAACAAAUCAAUUGAGCACACCAACUCUCUUACCAAAAACGCUACACACGAAAGAUCCCUAGCUGAGCAUGCUACGCCAGUAGCUCUGGUUUCAUCAUUCUGUUGUGCUAUUUUGGAUAAUUUGAUUCCACCCAACUUCUGGGGAACUACAGAGUUGCAGAUUAGAAAUCGAAAAACUUUUUACCGCAACGUCGAUCAAUUUUUGAAGCGAAGGAGGUAUGAGACUCUGUCAUUACAUGAGGCGUUACAAGGCCUUCAGAUUAAGAAUAUUGAAUGGCUCGGCUCUUCUAAUAAUCAGAAAUUAUGUCAAUCGGACUAUUCAAAGCGCCUGGAUCUAUUUCAUGAAUUUAUAUAUUUUAUUUUUGAUUCUAUUUUGAUUCCACUUAUUCGUACCAACUUUUAUGUCACAGAAUCCAAUCUUAACCGGAACCAAAUUUUUUACUUCCGCCACGAUGUCUGGCGAUUAAUUACUGAACCGACUCUCUCAUCUCUUAAGAUAAAUUUGCUCAAAGAAAUUCCACCACAGCAAGCCAGAAAAAUGUUAAGCUCCUGUGCCCUAGGGUACAGUCAAUUAAGACUUUUGCCUAAAGAACAAGGGUUCAGGCCAAUUAUGAAUCUAAAGGGGAGAAUACGCAAAGCAGGCGGUCGGCUUGUACACGGUCGAAGUAUUAAUUCCAUGCUAUCUCCAAUCCACAAUGUUCUCACUCUUGAGAAGAAAACUCGACCAGAUUUGCUAGGCGGUGCAUUAUUUUCUGUGGGUGACAUAUUUACUAAGCUUGAUCGUUUUAAGUCUGGGCUCAAGUGUUCAGAACCCUUCUACUUUGCCAAAGUAGACGUUCAAGCUGCUUUUGACACAAUUCCUCAGGCAGCGAUCUUAAGAUUAAUAUCGACUAUAAUUUGUGAAGAUAAAUAUACAAUAGGCCGUCAUGCCGAAAUUAAAUUAAGAAACCAUUCGGAAAAUGCUGCCUUCAACCCAGCUAAGAAGUGGGUAGCAAAUGCGCAUUUCUCCGAAGAUAUUGCGACUUUUGCUGAAAAGCUUAGCAGCUCUAUAGCUCAGCGCAAGAAGAAUACCAUUUUUGUCGAAAAUUUGACUCAUAAAAAUUUCGAUCGCUCAGAGUUGCUCCUUCUUCUGUCUAAACAUUUAAGGUACAAUAUGGUGAAGAUAGAAGAUACUUAUUAUCAACAAGUAAAUGGUAUUCCUCAAGGAUCGGUUAUAUCUACGACGCUUUGUAAUUACUUUUAUGCUGAUAUAGAAUCUACUGUUUUUUCUUUUCUCCGGCCCGAAGAAAGUCUCCUUUUACGCCUCAUUGAUGACUUUCUUCUUAUUACGACUAAUGCAUCACAUGCAAAGCGAUUUAUUCAAACUAUGCAUGACGGUCUACCAUCCUAUGGAGUAAGUGUGAACCCGCGUAAAACUUUGGUUAACUUCCAGAUCACCAUCAAUAAAGAUGAAAUCCUUCGAUCCGACAAGUUAACAUUUCCAUAUUGCGGCUGUCUCUUAAACACAAAAACUCUUGAUAUUCUCUGGGAUAGUGCAAAAAACAAAAAUACAGUCGCCAAUUCAAUCACUAUUGAAUACACACGAACACCAGGGAAAAUAUUUCAGCUAAAACUGCUCAACGCUUUCAAGCUAUACACUCACCCUAUGUUUUAUGAUCAAGUACAUAAUAGUCUCUUCACCAUACUUCAGAACACUUUUAAUGCACUUGAAGAAACAGCAUUGAAAAUGUACGCCUAUAUCUCUGGGCUUUCGCUCAAGAAACGGCCAUCUACAGAACUUAUUAUACAGGCCUUAGAGAUGCUUUUCCUUGGCGCAGAGAAAAUCAUUUGUCGCAGGGCCCGAGGAAACAAAUUCAAGAGAAAUAGCAAUGAAUUUGGAGGCUCGAAAAAAGUGCGUGACUUUCAAAUCAGAAAAGGGUCGGUUGAAUGGCUUGCCAUUACCGCUUUUCAUCAAGUGUUGAUGAAGAAACAGACAAGGUUCACUUCAGUUAUCACUUGGCUGGAGUCUCGUAUGCAGAUCUUGUAUUCUCGUCGAGGUAGAGCUUUGGAGAAAACGAUAGCUCAAAUUAAGAUUCACUGA